GGGGGGAAAAGCCGGCGGUGGCGGCGGCGGCGGCGGCGGCGGCAGCAGCAGCAGCAGCCUUCGUUCCCUCCCCCCGCCCCCCUUGUUCCCUCCCCCUCCCCUCCCCCCCACAGCGCACCCCGCCCCCCACCCUGGCCCAGCCCCCAGUCCGCCCGCCAGCUCCGCAGCGGCGUCCGCCGUGCCAGGGCAGCCCCUCUCGCUGGCCCGGGCCGCAGCCGCUCAGCCAGCUCGCACCUCCCUUCCCCGCUUACGCCCCGCGCCAGGGGGUGCCCCGACCUUCGCCUGCCCAGCCCGGCAGCCUCCGACAGGGAAGUCACCACCGCCAUCCCCCUCUGUGGCCCCCCGGUCCCGACCCCUUCCAGCCACUCCGGCUUCCAGAGCAGGCCUGGCCCACGCUCGCUCCUGCCCGCGCCCGGGGUCAGGCUCUUAAGGGGGACACCCCAGCCAGCCGGGGAGGAGGGAAGGAAGGGCCUCGGCGGAGCUCCACCGGAGCCUUCCGAGCCUAUAACUAGUAUUGGCAGAGCCCGGGAGGCGGUAACAAGCACAUUCGCUGCAGCAGUGCCUAAUCACCGCCAUCCCUAAAAUGGAACCUGGGUAGUAGUGGCCUUAAUCUUCCCAAUCCUAGAUCUGCCUACAGUCCCCAGCAUUCUGUGCUUCCCUGUCCGGCGGGCAAGAACGCGAGAAAGGCCUGCUGGGACUUGUAGUUUCCGAGAAACUAGGUAGCUCGAAGGAAGGGGAGUGUGUUCUGUUUUUUUGUUUUUUUGCAAGUCGUGAUAAGGGUGGAGAACUCCCAACCCAACACGGUUAACGAAUGGUAGAGGGAGAUUUAGGACCUCAUGUUGUCAAGUAGGAUAACACAAAAGUGUUAGCAUUUUGAUGGAAAAGUUUAGUUGUAUUCUUUUCCCCAGUACUUGUUUCCUUCCGUAGUUUGGUCAAACGAGUACCCAACCAGACACUACUUGAAUUUCGAUUUCCGCCUACAAAAGCUAACUAAUCUGUCUCGCCUAUGCUCAGGCACUACGUCAGUCACCUAUACAUUUUAGGACCCCAACUCUUGCCAAGUCUUUAAGUGUUCAGUACGCAUGCGCGUACUUCCUUUUUUCCCAGCCGGAAUCAUGGCGGGCGUAGAAGAAAAGAAAAAGCUACCAUCCGUUCCAGAAUCCCUUCUGAAAAAGCGAAAGGCUUUUGCAAUACUGAAGGCCAAACGCUUGAAGAAGAAGAUGGCUAUUAAAAAGCUCCGUAAAAUACGGAGAAAAGUUAUCUAUGAAAAAGCGAAAGCCUACCAUAAGGAGUACAGACAGAUGUACAGGAGUGAAAUCCGGCUGGCUAGAAUGGCACGCAAAGCUGGCAACUACUAUGUACCUGCUGAACCCAAGUUAGCUUUUGUGAUCAGAAUCAGAGGUAUCAAUGGUGUUAGCCCAAAGGUCCGAAAAGUAUUGCAACUUCUUCGUCUUCGCCAAAUCUUCAAUGGCACUUUUGUUAAACUUAACAAGGCUUCUAUUAACAUGCUGAGGAUUGUGGAACCAUACAUUGCAUGGGGUUACCCAAACCUGAAGUCUGUGAAUGACUUGAUUUACAAACGUGGUUAUGGCAAGAUCAAGAAACAGAGGAUUGCCCUGACGGAUAAUGCCCUUAUUGCAAAAUCUCUUGGUAAAUAUGGAAUUAUCUGCAUGGAGGAUUUGAUCCAUGAGAUCUACACUGUUGGCAAGCACUUCAAAGCUGCCAACAACUUCCUGUGGCCCUUCAAAUUAUCUUCUCCACGAGGCGGAAUGAAGAAAAAGACUACACAUUUUGUGGAAGGUGGAGAUGCUGGUAACAGGGAAGACCAGAUCAACAGGCUUAUUAGAAGAAUGAACUAAAGGUCUCUACCAUGAUUAUUUUUCUAAUGGUCUGUUAAUAAAAAAUGCCUGUGACAAAAUUGA